AUGGCCUCGGCAGGGUCCUUCGGGCACUUGGUUGUCGUUGAGAUUCUCCAUCAGCACCGCACCGAAGGCACAACAACGAAUGCGAUGAACUGGGCCGCGGCGACCGCCCUACUUGAGGUUGUCCACUGGUUGCCUGCAGACCGCUCGGAAGGCUGCUCGGCGCUGGCUUUCUACUACGCAGCGCGCAACGACAAGAUGGAGAUGCUGCGGUUUCUUGUGACCCUCCAAGGCACGGAGGCGCUGCAGCACGCGUUCGCCGCUGCCAAGUUACGCUCACCCUGGAGAACGUCCAAGCCGCCGGCUGUGCGGGCGCCGAUGAA